UAAGAUAUUGUUAUCAUAAAUAGGCGAUCGAAAGAUCGCCCAUAAAUAAUAUCUAUAUUCAAUAAAUAAGGUACCUCUUUUGUCAGUUAUAUUUAAAAAGAGUCCAACGUAAAUUAGAAAACCGAAAAAUCUUUUAAAAAUGCCAUAACGGCACAUGGCAUAUAUAAACACACAGACUGAUGACAUCAUUAGUUUAUGCACUCAAUUCGGUCCCAAGCUAGCAGCAGUUGGAAAGUCUGUUGGAUGCUAACGAGAAGUGGUAAAGGGUUAUCACCGCUUUUACACGAACAGGAAAACAGUAUCUUAAGUAAAUACAUUAGUAGCUGGUGACUAAAAUAUUAUCUUAUUGCGAAUGAGGAUCUACUUAACGUGAAAACAUCUCACGGAUUCACUGAUGAACAUCCACAUCGACUCACACAAUAUAAACAGAAACAAAUGAAACAAAAUAGGUUUUACCCCCAAAUAAGAUAAAAAGAUGCAAAGCUGUUAGUGAUCCCAGGUAGCAACGAAGGUUUUAGGAUCUUAGUUGGUACUAACAUGCUUAAGACAAAGCUUGAGAUUAAAAACUACAGUGUUGAUCAUGAUAGAAAGUCUCCAUGUAGUCAUGUGACCAAAGGAGGUGCUGAAUCUUUCUGCUCUGAAAGGUGGGAGGGUAAGAAAAUGAACAUACCUCACCGAAUCCUGACCCCGGAGGAUAGCAGUAAGAGCUUCACUAAAACUUUGGAGAGUGACAGCAGUGGAGACUAUAAUACACCUCAAUCUUCAUUUGCAGAUGGUGUUAGUCAUGGCAGUCAAGAGUCAUUGGAGAAACGCUCUAGUCUUACCCGGAUGAAAAGUUAUGAUGCAGUUGUAUUUGAUGUAUUACGUGUCCUACCAGAAGAUUUUGCUAGUCAAAUAACUUUAUUGGAUUUACCUGUCUUUCAAGCAAUACAACCUGAGGAGCUGACUUCUUGUGCAUGGACCACAAAAGAAAAGUUGAUCAAAGCCCCCAAUGUAGUAGCUUUUACUCGGCGAUUCAAUCAUGUGAAUUUCUGGGUGCAGAGAGAAAUUCUUAGCUGCUUAACAUUGAAAACAAGAGCGGAAGUAUUAGCUCACUUCAUAAAAAUAGCCAGAAAAUUACUUGACAUGAACAAUUUACACUCAGUGAUGGCUGUGUUAUCAGCUCUUCAGAGUGCUGCAAUAUUCAGAUUGUCCAAGACAUGGAUGAUGUUGUCUCGAAAAGAUAAAUCCUCCUAUGAAAAGAUAGCAGACCUCUUCUCUGAGAACAACAACCGACAAAAGUUACGAGAUUACAUGGAUCACGUCAAAUUGCCAUGCAUUCCUUAUUUAGGGUUGCACCUAACUGACUUGAUCUACAUAGAUGUUGCUCAUCCACACUCAGGAGGUCUAGAAAGCCAUCCACGGAGGAUACAUAUGAAUAAUAUUCUUAGGGUCAUUGCAGACUUCCAACAGUCUAAAUAUGUAUUUGGAUUUUCUCCAAAUCAGCUUCAGGUUUUAGAACAUGUACAAAAUUAUCUCAAGUCUGUUCGCUAUAUUGAAGAAUUACAGAAGUUUGUUGAAGAUGAUAACUAUAAAUUAUCUCUCAAGUUAGAACCACCUAGUCAAGGCCAGUCACCUUUAUCCUCUUCUCGUGAAGAUGUUUCUGCGCUACCCUCCUCCCCAGCUACAGAGCCAAGGUGUACGAACAUCUUAAGUCCAGGUUCUGCUCCUCAAAUAAAAUUCAAUCCCGGACAUCGGAAAUGUAAAAGUUUAGGAGCAAACUCCUAUUUGUGUUACAGCUUCAUGAGCUGUACUCACCCUCAUGAGAAAGCCUUCAGUCUACCGUCACGCACGACUGCACCAUAUGUGCAAGGCAUUCGACAUCUGCUGGAUGACAGUGUUUUAGAAGAGUCACCAUGUGCCUCGAAUGAAGGUUCCAUGUCGGGGAAAUUGACAGCUUUUGAUCGUGAUAUCACAUUCACAUGUAAUCUUGAGCCAGAUUCUUUAUGGCCAGCUAUGGAAAGAACCCGUGGCUCUGAAGACACUCAUGAAACAAAUUUCACAUAUGAAGGGUGCUUACGACGUAAAACGUUGCUCAAAGAGGGAAAGAAACCUACUGUGUCAUCAUGGACACGGUACUGGGUUGCCUUGUGGGGUUCCUCGUUAAUUUAUUAUCCAGCAAAAUCUUUACGAGGAAGUGAACGAGCUUCUUUCAAAUCUUGUCCAAGCAAAAUGGUUUCGAUAAUCGGGUGGAUGGUUGUCAUGGGAUGUAAUCCUUUCCAGCCAGAUUCAUUCAAACUGUCAAAUCCCACUAAAGGAAAUGUUUACAAAUUACGAAGUGGAUCGCAAGCUGAGGCAUUGGUCUGGUGUCAACAUCUUGAAGAAGCUAUCAAACAUUCUCAGCCAAGGACGCCAGUUAACCUUAUGUCAUUUGAUUGAAGAAGAAAUGACAUUCCUUCUGGUGUGAGUAGCAGAGACCAUUUGGUAACUUUGUGGAAGUCCUUACUUAUGUUCCUGCAGGAUAAACUGAUAUCUUGACAACGAUCUUAAUCAUGCUGCUGCUACUGUAUGUGUUAAUAAGUGUAUCGAUGCUGUGUGCCUGUGGUUGUUGAUGCUUUAUGUUUGUAAGUGCACCAAUGAUGUUUGUGGUAUAUAUGAGUGUAUGGUUGUUAGUUGUAAGUAUGUGUGACUAAUGUGUAUAGGUGUGACGUGAUUGAGUGGAUGUAUUCGUAAAUAAACUGAAGCAGACUGCAUGAUAUGCAUUGUGACCACUAAUACAGUACUUGACCUUGCUACCUGCCUUACCUCUCUGUCAGUCUUCAAAUCUCUGUUAUGUAACUUAAAAAUUUCAGGCAACAAUGGACAGACAAAAAAAAAUGUAUUAUACCGAAGAAAAGAAAGUCAAACAUGCAUAAAAUAAAGAAAAUUAAUCAAAGCAAAACAAACGUGUUGGAAAGGUGAGACAGGUGAGCAGGAAAGGAUAGAUAUACCUGGAUGAUUGCACUCCUGAAGGACAGAGGCCCUCCCUCCC